AUGUCUUAUGGCCAGACAGGCUGGUUUGGAGGCGGGCCUUGGUUUGUCCGGGCAGUGGAGAGGCAAUGCAGGAGCGGUGGUGGCGUCCAGAAGGCGUCCUCCGGUCCCAGUUGGUCAACGUCAAUAAUCCUUCGUCUCUCGAAGCCAAACAAGCUGACGGCUGACGAUGACUACGACCUCGGGGAGGAUCGAAUGAAAAUCUAUCUCGAAUCCAUUGACGAAGGCAGCUGGGCGGCCGCCAUUCUAGGUUGGCUAGACGAGGUACACUCCGCUUCCAUGGCAGCCAGUGUCAUGUCCACGCGACAGUAUCUGAGCGUCUGCGGCGGAAGUUUGGUUGUUCUCCAAUGCCAUGGGUUGCUCGCGCAACCCUGAAGGAACGCCGCCAGCGCCCCGGUGAUUCGGUCGUUGACCUCCUGCAACACUUGCAUUUCCUGGCUAAUCAAGUGUUUUCAAUGGACAACUGCGCGACUCUCGAGGACCGGAUUCUAGAACGCUUCAUGGAUGACAUCGUCAACCCUGAGAUCCGGCGACAAUUCAUUCGUGCUUCUCUUUAAGCCCUCAAAGCGGCACUCGCUAUCGCUCACGAUGAAGAGGCAAUCCAAGCGGGGUUUCCUGCGACACCUGGACCUACCUUCUCAGCGAUCCUCGCUCGCCAGCUGCCGACAGAUGGUCGGCGCCUUCGCCUUGGGACAACGACCGACCUGCGACGUUGGCACCCAAACGGCUAG